AUGAGAUUCACAUUUAAGUCGGCAAUUUUUGUUGCUCUGGUUGCUUCUGCCGGAGCCAAUGCUGCGUACACUGAGACGGAAGCGAUUGACGCUGUGAAGGGGCUUUUUGUUCGACAAAGUCCUGGAGCUGGUGCCCCGGGGCAGCAAACGCCAUCAUCGCCGUUUGACCCCAAGUCACCCAAUUCUCCUCCACAGUGCAGGAAUGAUUGCAACACCGCCUUCAAUGCCGGUGAUGUUUGCAAAGAUGCGAAGUGCCUGUGCACUGCAGAGCAUACCGAGGCUCUGGGUAAAUGUGUCAACUGUGUGAUUGCAGCAAACGUUGGAAGCCCCAUCGAGGCAGCAUUCGCGAUCUCAAUCUUCGAGGAGGUAUGCAAAGGAAACGGAAUCAGCAACCUCCCUACCCCCACCGUUUCCCUUCCACCACACUUUUCUCUGCCUCCCGGUAUGUCGACUGGCGCUCACGGGGAGUUCACAAUUGGGACCACAGUCACGGCGGCUAUUACGGACUCGUUCGAGACUACUACGGUCACCAUUCCGCCACCUUCCGCCACCAGUACCAGCCCACAUUCGUCAUCGGCAUCGCAUCAAACUAGCGGUUCACCUACAUCAACUGCAAGUCACAGCAACGCCGCUGCGUUUGCCGCUCCAACUGGCCUCGCCGAGUUCGUACCGAUGGCUGUCAUGGGCGCUAUCAUGGCUAUGGCAUGA